UCAGUCCAGACCGACCAGCACCUCAGAGCCUGAUCAGUGAAGGAAGGAGGGUGCCCCAGGCAGUCCGCUCUCCCACAGUUGGCGCGCAGCUCGGUAUAGCACACGGGGUUUGGAGGCUGCAAGACCACCGGACCGGAUGCCCCAGGGGCCAGCUCGGGCCUCCGGGACUGUGGACUCACGCACGGCCCGAGGAGGUCGCCCGUGCGGCUGCUGACGCCAGGCGUCAAGUCCCCGCCCGAGCAGCCCCAGCCUAGGAGGCGGACCACGCCACUGCUCCUCUACUGAGCCGAGGGUGUCGGCCAAGGACUCAGUUGGCACAAACCCCCUCCCGGGGUCUAAGCCCGCCUAGUACAGUACCUGAAGGGGCAACGCCACCUCCGCCCAAUUGUGCUGGCUGCCCCAGUGGCGGCGGUCACAGCUCGGGCGCCAAUGACGCCUCUUAUAAAAACAACCUGCUCGCAGGCGUCUGCAGCCCACAGGCGGUGACCGGCUGGGGGCCGCAGUGCAUGCCGUGACGCGUAGUCCCGCUUGCGCCUCCUGCCAGGCACCGGUGAAGAGAAGAACUACCACUCCCGAAGAGGAGCGCAGGGCGCCGCCGGGCGGCUGCAGGAAGCUGGGCCGGGCGGCCGCAGAUCCCCACAACAUCCGGGAGUCGGCGACCACUUCCAGUUGCUAUGGAUACGAGUUGCAACCUCCAGAAAGGAUUCGUGGUUUCUCCACACGAAGUUGUUUUCCAAAACAACUCCCCGGAUUAAACGGAUAGGUUUACAAAUACUGAUCCACCCAGCUAUUCAUCUUCUAUUUGCUACUUUAAUUGGGUGCGGUUAAAACGCCACGUCCCUAGGCGUUCACCGGCUUUCUUGCCAUCUACUGCAUGCAAACUGACUUUGCCGAAAAAAUUAACAAAGAAAAUAGCGAAAAUGACAGACCGCGACUGGGACAAGAAAUGUACUUCACCUUCAAAUUCAGACACAGAAAUGAAAUCUGAACAACUGCCUCCCUGUGUUAACCCUGGCAAUCCUGUGUUUUCAUGUAUGUUGGAUCCAAAGACACUCCAGACAGCCACCUCACUAUCAAAACCUCAGAUGAUUAUGUAUAAAACCAGUUCAAGUCAUUAUGGUGAAUUUCUACCUAUGCCACAGUUUUUUCCCUGCAAUUAUACUCCAAAGGAGCAAGUAUUUUCAAGCCAUAUCAGAGCAACUGGAUUUUAUCAAAAUAACACUCUAAAUACUGCACCUGACAGAACCAGAACUCUUGAUUUUCCUAAUAUUCAACACACUCUAUGAAAAUAUAUUCCUUUGUAUAUUGAAGAAAAUAUACUCGGGAAAAAUGAGUCUUAAAUCUAAGGGUAGAAUAUCUAAUUAACAUAAAAAGUUUUUAAUCAAUUUUUGAAAUAAAUUAAAGUAUUUCAACUGAUAA